UGAAAUUUAAAUUAUUUAAAAUGGAGCCUUCUAUUGGAUUUUCAGGCAACUUUGCCCAACCUAAUCAUCUAAACUGGAGAUUGCUAGCUUCUGCGCAAGUUGAAGCAAACCAAGGCAGAAUUCAAGGCAGUGACUCUGUGAACCAGGCUUCGAGCGAGCAAACAGGUCUUUCAGAAAAAGAGUUUUAUUUCCAGCCUCGGACUGCUCGAUUUGAUUGGAAGAAUUUAAGAAAAGUUAAAAUUAAGAACAUGAUUCGGGAUAAUAAUGUGGACCUUCUUCCGAUGCUUUUACCAAAUCUGACAAUGAGUGAAUUUUCAACAGAAGAAGACCUCAACAAUUUCGACAACAAUGAAUAUUUGAUCAAUUUCUACAAAUUGCUCCAAUAUGCAAAUGAACAUCAAGCGAACCAACUCAAACUAGUUCAAGCAGAACUAAAAGCCAAAGAAGACGAAUAUCUUAAAAUUCACUCUGAAGUCAUGGACAAACAAAGCAGAUGCGACCAGAGGCAAAAUAAAAUAUUGGAUGCGAAGGCCCAGAUUGCCCACAAGAACAAACUGAACUCCCAAGUUGCUGUGAAAUACAUGAUGGCAAGAGACGGCGACUCCAAAGGCAUCUUUUACUGCUGUUCCAAAUGCAAGAGCAAAGCGUUCAUGACCAAAGAAGCAAUAACGAACCACUAUGCUGAAGUGCACGGGUCAAAAGUGCCUAAAUAAAGAUCUCCACUGUCUGCUUGCAGAAAGAGAGAAUGAGGAAGAAGAGAAGUCAUUAAAAUAGUGAAAGAUCAACACGUUCAAGAAGAAAAUCUUCAAAGAGAUCAAAAGAUAGCUCAAAAUCCAUUGAAUACAACAAAAUAAUUGAAGAAAAGGAUAAAUAAAAUAGAAGAUCUUACUGAAAACUAUAAUGAAAUAGUUGAACAAUUCAGACAAGAGCAAGAAAGAAAUGAGGGAAUGCUAGAUAUGCUCUUCAAAAAGAUUAAACAAAAAGAAAAAAGACCAAAGACAGCUACUAAUGUAGCUUCCAAAGAUGCAAGCAUUACAGAAAUGAAGAAAGAAAUUUUAGAUUAUUUAGAAGCAAAAUACUCUAAGAGGGAAGAAUUAAUGGAACAUAAUCUCCGCAAAGCUAUCCUAAAUGCCCAUUCAGAACGUAAAGAAAAGAAGAGCAAGAAAAAGGAUAAAAAGAGGAGCUCUAAAAUUAGUAAACAUGAAGAAAUUAAGGAAGAAGUUAAGAAGGAAGUAGCUCCAGUAAGUAAUCCGAAAUCUAGGAACCCUAAGCAAGAAUCAGAGUCUGAGCAAUACGAAGAAGAUUUUGAAUUAUAACUACUGUAUA